UGAAAUUGACAGUGAUCCAAGCUUGUACUCCGGUUCUUCAAGCUCAGACGCUACCAUGUGUGACAAGUCUGACUGUGACUGUCAAUCCCUUGGGGUCUUCAGAGGGCCACUGGUAAGUGGGAGCCAUGACUUUGAUGAGCACUGCAUGUUUGGAAAUGACAUGUACUUGACAAAAGGUCAAGUCGAUUUCCUUAAUGAGCACUGCAACCACUUUCCAACAGAGGAAUUUGAGUACUAUGUCUACAGGAUGACCAAGUCAGCAGUGAUAAAGAAUAAAUGCAAGCUGGAUAUUGGAAAGAAGUUCACUGCCAAGUACCUGAAAAGGUUCAUUGAUGAUGCUCCUGGCAAUGAUGUUACUCUUUCUCUAGAGUACACCGACAGCAAUGCACGCUUUAAAGUGACCAUGAAGAUGGCAAAGGGGAAGGCCAAGAAUGCAAUCAUAGCAACUGGUUGGUCAAAGGCUAUGAAUACUUAUGAGAUCAAAGAAGGAGCCAUCUACAUCUUUGAAUUCUACGUUGACAUGAAAGGUAAGCUUGCUCUGAUGAUCCACAGUCUACCUGAUGACUGUGAUGACUCUGAUUCAUCUGAGUCAUCAGAGUAA